AUGAAGGGCUGGUACAAAGGAAUGGAUUGGGAUAUGAUGUACAUGGGCCCGAUGGGGCCCAUGGGCCCAAUGCCCAUGAUGGGUGGUCCUAUGUUCUUUGGAAAGGGAUACAUGGACUAUGGCAAAGGCCCCAUGGAUCCCUUCAAGGGCUUCGGCAAGGGCGGCUACCCAGCGCCCAAGGAGGCGAAGGGCCUCGUCAGGUCAAUCGUCUCCUCACAGGUCGUCCCGGGGACUGGUGGCAAGUGGAAUAACGAUGAAAACACGCUCUUCGUCGGUGGACUUCCUCCAGACACAACAAACCUAGAGAUGUACCAGAUCUUCUCCGCUUUCGGACCCAUUGCCCCAAGAGGAGCCACAGCUCUUCUGGACAAGGACACCGGGCAGUGCACAGGCAUCGGCUUCAUUAACUACAUGACUGCAGAGGCAGCAGAGAAGGCAAUCCGAUCCCUCAACAGCUUCCCAUUUACAGACGGCACGCGGCUCACGGUGAAGAAGAAGAGCUCUCCGAAGAAAGGAGAGGGUAAAGGUGAAGGCAAGCACAAAGAUGACAAAGGUGGCAGGGCCCUGAGGAAAGUAAAAAAUUCUCAAAGGGAAGAGGUCAUUGCCUAUUUCCCACUGCGCUUAUUGAUCAAUGUGUGUUGCGACUUAAGCGAAAGGUUGACAGUGUCUGCUAGUGAGCAGGAGGAGGAGACCGACCACAUCCGACCACACUUCCAGAACCCGCGUGAGACUCCUCGCCUCAUGGUGGCCAGCUCGCUACACCAUGUGGAUGCAAGUUGCCUGGAGCAGUCCAUUCAGUCCUGA